UAUAGGUUACUAUCUCCCUCCUCCUCUGUUGCUUUUUUUUAAAUGACACUAGUAAGAAAUAAAACAAGAACAUACAGGCUACUGUAGGGGAGUGCCUCUUUAUAAACAGCCCCCUUUAAUUAUGUGAGGUCAACGGUGCUUUUUUUUCUACUUUACCAAGAAGCAGCCAAAAAAAGAAUAUGAACCCAUACAGAUUCCUUUUUCUAAAAAAUCCUUCCAGGGAACAGAUCCUCUAAAACUUCAGGAUCAGCAGGCUACAAACGGAAAGGCAUCUUUUGCUAAUUCAUCCACAAAAACACCCUUCCCAGGUAUCAGGUGCAGUGACAUGCCAGAGGACUAGCAAAACAGCAGAUUCAUGGAAACUCGAAGUGGGAUGUGGACUCAUUAGGAUGCAGGCUGUUCCAUAGAGAAACCCUAAGAGUACAAAAUGUAAUUGAUUUCUGUGCUGUUCUUUACUAUACACAUAAGGCGUCAAAAAGAUUUCACUCAACACUGACUCCUACAAGAGGAACUGACCUGAAAAAAGGCAGGAAUAAAAUAAGGAAUCAAAAAGAAACUCACAAGAGUCAAGAACAUGUCAUCACAGUCAUUGGGUUAGGAAUCCCGCAAGGAAGGCCGCAGGGACAAGCGUCAUGGUGACACCACGAGCUGAGAAUAAGAGGACUGAAAAUCAUGGCAAUAAUAUGGGGCCUUCUGGCUUGGGCCUUUACCCUUAUUGCAGCCAGGACUGUGAAAGCCAGAGUUCCCAAGCAGCAUUCCAAAGCCCAAGUCACUGCAUCGUUGGGAUGACAGCAGCCAGUGAAGUCCUCUCCUCUGACCCAGCAGAUUUCCUCUCCAGUCUGAGCCAUUAUGAGAUCGCAUUCCCGGAACAGGUGGACCAGAAUGGGAACUUCCUGACCUAUGACCUCCGUCAAGCCCCAACAAGUUUUCGAAGGCCCAGGAGGAGUCUUUCUGAAGAGACAGAGCACCAACUCUUCUACCGACUACAAGCACAGAGUUCGACAUUUCUUCUUAAUCUAACUCUACAGACAGAACUUCUGGGGCAGCACUUUACUGUAGAGUACUGGAAGAGUGGAGGUCUGGACUGGAAGCAUGAACUCUAUGAGGAUUGUCACUAUGUGGGUCACAUUCAAGACCAGCAGCUAAGCUCCAGGGUGGCCAUCAGCAACUGCAAUGGCCUGCUUGGAGUUAUAGUAUCAGGGGAUGAGGAGUAUCUCAUUGAACCACUACCCGUAGGGAGCAACUUCACCCACAAUGGUGAGGGGACUCCACAUGUGGUGUACAAAAGGUCAUCUUUGCAACGUCAACACUUGGAGGCUGCCUGUGGGGUGAUAGAUGACAAGCCUUGGAAAGAUCGCCAUUGGUGGAUGCGAAACCCAAGGCCACCACCUCUUCGGCCAGGAACCAACCAGACACAGCAAGGGCCCUUUCCCCUUAAGCGAUCUGUUAGCACAGAAAGAUAUGUAGAGACCUUGGUUGUAGCAGAUAAAAUGAUGAUUGGCUACCAUGGGAGGAGAGACAUUGAACAAUAUAUCCUUGCUAUCAUGAACAUUGUUGCCAAACUUUUCCAGGACUCAAGUCUGGGGAACAUUGUAAACAUCAUGGUGACACGUUUAAUUCUCUUGACAGAGGACCAGCCAACACUGGAGCUCAAUCAUCAUGCAGGGAAGUCACUUGAUAGCUUUUGCCGGUGGCAGAAAUCUAUUGUAAGUCGCAACGGUAAUGCAAUUUCGGAGAGUGGCAUUGCUGAUCAUGAUACAGCAGUACUUAUAACCAGAUAUGACAUUUGCAUUUACAAAAACAAGCCAUGUGGAACACUAGGUUUGGCACCUGUGGGUGGGAUGUGUGAGCGAGAGAGAAGUUGCAGUAUAAAUGAAGACAUUGGCCUAGCUACUGCUUUCACUAUUGCACACGAGGUGGGACACACAUUUGGCAUGAAUCAUGAUGGGAUUGGUAAUGGCUGUGGUUCCCGAGGCCAGGAGACAGCCAAGCUCAUGGCAGCGCAUAUUACUAUGAAGACCAACCCAUUUGUGUGGUCAGCUUGCAGCCGGGAUUACAUAACUAGCUUUUUAGAUUCAGGACUGGGUCUGUGUUUAAACAAUGCUCCACCACGUCAAGACUUUAUAUAUCCCACCCAAGCUCCUGGACAAGCGUAUGAUGCAGAUGACCAAUGUCGCUUCCAACAUGGAGUUAAAUCUCGCCAGUGUAAAUAUGGGGAAGUUUGUAGCGAGCUGUGGUGUCUUAGCAAAUCCGGCCGUUGCAUUACUAACAGCAUCCCUGCAGCUGAGGGGACCAUUUGCCAGACAAACACAAUUGAAAAGGGGUGGUGUUAUAAAAGGGAAUGUGUUCCCUUUGGAACACGGCCAGAGGGAGUGGAUGGAGCAUGGGGGUCCUGGUCUUCAUGGGGAGAGUGCAGCAGGACCUGUGGAGGAGGGGUAUCUUCAUCUGUCCGUCACUGUGACAGCCCAAGGCCUACAAUUGGAGGAAAGUAUUGUUUGGGUGAGAGGAAGAGAUAUCGAUCAUGCAAUAUUGAUGACUGCCCUGCUGGUUCACAGGAUUUCCGGGAGGUGCAGUGUGCAGAGUUUGAUAAUGUGCCGUUUCGGGGGAAAUAUUACUCUUGGAAAAGCUACAGAGGAGGUGGUGUUAAGUCUUGCUCACUUAACUGCCUAGCUGAGGGAUUCAACUUUUAUACUGAGCGAGCAGCUGCUGUUAUUGAUGGGACCCUCUGCAGACAGGACUCCUAUGAUAUCUGUGUCAAUGGCGAAUGCAAGCAUGUAGGCUGUGACCGAAUCUUGGGUUCUGAUACCAAAGAAGACAAAUGUCGUGUAUGUGGAGGAGACGGCAGCACUUGUGAGACGAUUGAGGGUAUCUUUAACCAGUCCCUGCCAGAGGGAGGAUAUGAGGAAGUGGUCUGGAUCCCUAAAGGCUCAGUACAUAUUGAUAUCCGUCAGCUUAACAUAUCACUCAGUUACCUAGCCUUGAAAGCAAAGGAAGGCAGUGAAUAUUAUAUCAACGGAAGGUUCCCUCCAGAUACUCCUCAAAGAUUCGAUGUAGCUGGCACUAUCUUUCAUUACAGGAGGCCCCAGGAAGAGCCAGAAUCACUGGAGGCUUUAGGGCCUACUAAUACUACACUGAUUGUUAUGGUGGCAGUAAGAGAGGAAAUACUGCCUGGAAUACGAUACAAGUUUAAUGCCCCAAUCAAUCAAGUCACGCAGAACAGUUAUGCAUGGUAUCUAAGUUCAUGGACCAAGUGCUCAGCCAUUUGUGCUGGAGGUGUGCAACUUCAGCAGGUGCUCUGUAAAAAGUUUUCAGAUGGUUCCACUGUCUCUGGUGACUUGUGUGACCCAAGCUCCAGGAUCCAGGAGAAACAGCGGCCGUGCAACACUGAACCCUGCCCCCCUGAGUGGGCAAUAGGUGCCUGGUCUGAGUGCAGUCGAAGCUGCAAUUCUGGAGUACGCACUCGCAGUGUAAUAUGUCAGCGUCGGGUGUCAGGAACUGACAAGAAGUCCCUGGAUGAUGCCUCCUGCCCUCAGCCUCGCCCGUCCAUGCUUGAACCCUGCAACACAGACACAUGUCCACCUGAAUGGGUGGCUUUGGACUGGUCUGAGUGCACCCCAAGCUGUGGGCCUGGGUACAGACACCGAGUUGUUCUGUGUAAGAUUGGUGACCAAGAUAGUACCUUACCCCAUUCUCACUGCCAAGCUAAGGAUAAACCUGCAACAACUAUGCGCUGCACCUUACAAAGAUGCCCGCCAUCACGCUGGAUCACAGGUGAAUGGGGAGAGUGUUCAGCUAAUUGUGGCCUUGGGCAACAGAGACGGUCUGUGCAAUGCCUGAGUCAUAUAGGGCAGCCAUCGAUAGAAUGCACAGAAUCUUUUCGGCCAUCUGCAAUGCAGCAGUGCGAAAAUAAAUGCCUGGCUGAUCCCUCUGACAGUCCCGAUGAAUGUAAGGAUGUGAACAAGGUGGCGUACUGCCCUCUGGUGCUGAAGUUUAAAUUCUGCAGCCGACCUUACUUCAGACAGAUGUGUUGCAAAACCUGCCAAGGCCACUGAUCUUCACUCACAACAGGCCUCUCUGGAUGUAUUUUCUCUAUCUUGCAGUUGGCAAAUAAUGUCAGCUCUCUGUUUUAUACCUUGUCCUUCUUUCCUUACUUUCACAUCUACACAUCUACAGAGUCUAGUAUUCAUCUCAGCACACAUGACAAGGCUUAUUCAGUUUCUAAUCAACAUGUCAUCUGCUCAGAACCUAUAAGGGUUACAAGUGGGUGUAUGCUGGCAGUCUGUAGAUCUGUUUGGCACACUAAGCAAAAAUCACAAAGAUGUCAGUAAUGACUGAACAAAUCCAGUCUGGCAAUCUGGCAAACAUCAUGGCUGCAGGCUGUAAUGAAGCUGUGCCAGUGCAAAGUAAUGUAUCUACUGAUGCUUUGCACAUAAGAGAGGGAGGAUAAAAUUUAGCAUUUCAUACCUACAUAAAAUUUUGGCAAAUAAUUUAGGAUUUUCUUAUUUACCUUUUUACUCACUGUACUUUUAUUCAUUCAGUUUUAGUUCGUAAAUUCCUCAUUAGCUUACUAUGGCCAUAUAAACCAGUGAAUCAGCAGAGGAUGUGAAACCUAUGUUGUAAAGAGGAUGCAAGUGUGGAGUGCUUUCAGGGAAACAUUAUAAAACACUUCUUAAUACAAAACACAUUUGGUCCAUUAAACUUCUUUUUUGUUCACUUCUCUAUACUACAAUUCUCCACCUUUUAGUGCUCAUUUCCUUAACCUUAAAACUCUAGAGACAUUCUGAAUUGUAAUGAGAGCUGUACGAGUCUUUAAUUUUCAUUUCUUAGGUUCUAUUUAAGCCAUAUACAGAUGCAUUGAGGGUUCUUCUAAGCCUCAUGGCCUGUGGAUAUUCAAAGCACUGCUGGAAGACGUGUGGCACUUCACUAGUUACUAAUAUCUUUUUUAAAGAAAUAUAUUUUAUAAUCUGUAUAAAUUGCCCUUCCAACACUUUACAUUAUUACAAAUAGUGCAGUUUUAAAGUGGGUAUCAGUUGAUAAAAAUAUAUAUAUGGGACCUCUGGAGAAAACUAUUAACCAUAAUGUUCUGAAAAACUGGCAAUAUUUUUAUUCUGCCCGUUUUACUGCAAUUACUAUAUAAACCAGUGUCUUCUGUAUAGCAGGUCCCAUACCUGUAAGGCUUUGGGCAAUGUUUUUAUAGGUAAUAUGUAAUCUGUCUUAAUUUCCUCUACCUUCCAAUGCUGUAAAAAAAAAAUAUAUUAUUAUUAAUAAUCAGCUACAGUUUCUUAGGUGGAACUUAUGUCCAUGUGGCAAUUUGGUGUCUGUACAUCACUUAGGUGUAGGGAUAAGCAACUUUUCACAGUCCAUUUGCUGCAGGGACUCUAAUAGCCAGCUCCACAUAGCAGUUUUGGAAGUUGAGCAGUUUAAUAAAUACGGCAAAAUAUUGACUGUCCCCAAACUGCUUAUAGUUCUCCAAUGCUUCUGCUCACUAAAUAUCAAGAGAAAAAAUUCAGCUGAACUUGCACAAAAUACAAGAAUUCACAAUUGCCCUUACUAUCUGAGAGGAGAACAUAUGGUAUUGUAUACUGUAAUGUUCAUAAACCAUAGUAAACACAACAUAUCCAGCAGGUAUUCCAUUGAUCUGAUUCUCUUAUAUAAAAUUGUUAAGUUACAAGGUAUAUAUACAUGUGCACAGUUCAGUUUGUCUGUCUUUUAAUUUUCAAUUCUUUACAUUCUAGAGCACUCAGGGAGAGAACAACGUGUAUGUGCAAAGAGCAGAGUGGGGAACAGUUGAUACCCUCAGCUAUAAAAACAGCAUGUUCAGUACCCAGUAGAUAGAUGUACCAUGGCAUUGAAAGAUUUGCAUGUAUUUGAAAUAACUUAAAGAAAUUCAACUUUUAUGUAGGCAUAAAUUGUAUUUUAUCUGCAGUUAAGCAAAUGUGUAUUUUCUUAGUAUGUUCUACUUAAAUUAAAGGGAGAGGGAUCUGGCUUACAGUAGCCAUAAGGAGCAAAAUGCUAGAACAGUGCUCUCCAAAUUCUUCCAUGAUAUGCACAUGUUUGAGGGUCAAAUUAUGGUAAAAUAGGGAUUUGUAAGAAGUGAAUUGAGCCCAUAGGGAGGCUGAGAGCCUUGGAGGGUUGUAUCUGGGCUGCAGUCCUCAAGUUAGACAGGCCUGCUCCAGAAAGAUAUACAUUAUAGUCUGGGAAAAAUCAUGCUUGUUUGAUUCGAUUUACUUUUUACUGAAAAUGUUUACAAUAAUGGUGCUACAUUUAAUGUAAUUUUUACUUUCUUUCAUGACCUGGAGCUAGUGAAGCAAACUUGUUCAGUUCACUAACACCAGUCAUUGCAGAUGAACUAACAGGCCUUACACAGAUCACAGUUAUACAAAUGGAAAAUAGAAAUCUGCAAGUAUAUAUAGAGUAUAAACUUAGCACCUUUGUAAAUUAGAAAGAUAUAAAUGGUAUUUGAAUAGAGUUCCAUGACAAGGUCAUAAAUGAAGUACCGAUUAUAGUACUCCAGAGUGACUUUUAAAAUGCUUAUUGGAGGGUACAUAAUCACUUUAAUACUUGACCCUGUGCAACAGUAGUUCACAAACUGUGGAACAAGCAACCUUUGGGAGCAGAGCAGUGGCUGGGGGCCCAGUUCAAAUUCAAAUUGGGAUCAGAUUUGGCUAUAUGCACUAUAAGAUACUCCUUUAAUCCCCUUUUAAAAGUAAUUUGGAGUGAGAUCUCUGGUUAUUUGCGGGCUUACAUAUUCUUGGAACUCUGGCUGAAUGGCUGAUAGAGCAAUGUCUUUAUCAUUCUGAUUUUUAUAUUUUCAGUCUUAUGAGCUAAGAUGGGCAUUGACCAAAAGGUGGCCCACAGAUGGUGUCUUGAAACAAAAAAACAUUGACAAUACAUUGAGAGAAACAUACUAGAAACAAAUACAAAAUGAGCUAAAUGUCCUUGAGCUCUAAAUUUUACAAUAAGCUAUUUGUGCAUAAUGAAUCCAUAAAGAAUUGGAAAACUUUCUCCAGACCUCAGUAAUAGAAUUUACUCCCUAAAGCAAGCUUUCAGCUCAGUACAAUGUCUUACAUUUUCUAUAGCAGCAAGAUUUUUCUAGAGCUUUCCUCUUAAGGCAUCUUCCUAGUUUAUUCUUGUUUCUCUGUACCUGUUUUAUACUUCUGGAAUCCUUAUCAGUCAGUAGCAAGCUUAUACUGUACUUUUGCAUCAAGAGAUAACCGAGCUAUUAUUAAGCUCAGAGACAAUUUAACACAGAGCUAGCCCUAGCUCUUUUAGACUGUGAAUUCAUACAAUUCCAAGCACUGAGACAGAAGACAUACCCCUUCCCCUUCAUACCCUUAUUGUGCCCAAUACAGUAGGUCUGCCCAAUGCUCUGCCACUAAUCUUACAAUCUAGCAAAUACGCUUUACAUUCCACAUAUAACAGCGGAGGUACAGGGCCACUGGGAAUAAAUUACAAGGACAGCCAGUAGAGGCACACUGAUUUUACUAUGUUGUUAUAUUUCAUCUGGUUCCUCUAAACAUAUACAGGUAUAUACCAUCUAUAGUAGUUAAAUCCAUACUUGUAAGUACUCCAUCCAAAUUUGCUUUAAGACAUUUAAGCUGCUAGAAAAGUUACAGCCUAUACUUUCUAAAGCAGUCAAUGAAGCUACAACUGAUAUAAACCUUUACCUUCUGUAAGGUUUUAACACUUGCAGAGGCAGUUAGGCACCUUCUUGAAGACCUCUUCUUAACUUCUAGGGAUAUCUGUGCUUUAACAGAAAGGGAUAAAAGUAAAAUAAAUACAGACAUUACUUUAAGCCAGACCUAACCACUGGAGGAUCUUAGUACACAGCGGAUCUUCUACAUCUCAGUACUAGAUGAUACAGCAUUUACAAGCUUCUACAAAGGCUGGUGUGCUUUGUACAAAAGCUCAGACUCAUGUAUUUUAGGAGACUGUGUACCCUGCUGUAAAUUAGAUUGCAAAUCACUUCUGACCUCAUGCCUUUGGUAUGAUCAUGGAACUGCUUGAUGUCCUCCAAUGCCCUUAUAAUUUAUAUUAAGGAGAUACCUUAUUUUAUAUUUAAUCUAUUACAAUUUUCCAUGUUUCAUUUUAAUAAUGCAAGGGAAAUAUUAUAGCACAGAUAUUUAUAGGACAUUAUUAUUAAAGAUUUUUGUGAAUUUACUAUAAACACCAGGAUUUUUGUCAUUAACCAGGACUUUUGUCAAAAUGUUUCCAACUUUUUAUUUUUAAAAUUCAUAAUUUGAGGAAUUGUAGAAUCUAUAAUGCUGAAACACAAAAAAAACCUCAGUGUGCCAGCACUGUUAAUUUUGCAUAGCUUGUUGUCAGGUAAUGGAGAGAUUAAAGACACCCUAUAUGGAAAGGGUUAAUGUCAGAAAAUGUAAGAUCACACUUGUGUAAGAGCUACAACCUGUGGUUCUCCAGCUGCUCUAUCAAAAGCCAACAAUAAGAAAAAACAUUGUUUUAUUGUAGCUUCAUGUUACUGUAUUUGUUUGCUGUCUGCUCCCAGAUUUGGUAAAAGAACAUUUCUUAUUCAACAAUGAAAAUCAUCAAAAUUAUACAUUUUUUUUUUAAAAAAAUAUAAGACAUUUUGUUAUUAAAGAAGACCCUUAAAGGUU